AUUUUUCUAAGGCAAUAUUAACAUUACUUUUGUCGUAAUAAAAAAAAUAAAUUAGCUCUAAGAAAAAAAGUUUGCAACGAACAGAAACCUGGAAAAAGUUGGAGAGGCGACAGACAUGGCCGAACAAUCGGAGAAGAGAUUUGAAGCUGCUUUGCAAAAGAUGUUUCCGGGACCUCCCAAAUCUUCAACUCCUAUUCGCCAUGAUUCUUCCAGUAAUGCGGUUGGAUUUGAGAUGUCCCGAGUGAAGAAGCGUCCACAUUUCUCCUCUGCAUUGGCCAUUGUGGGUCAAAAAUCAAGGGGCAACCCGAUUGAGGAACUGCAGAAUUCGACUGGUUCAAGUGGGGCAGUAUGUAAACCAUGGGAUCGUGAUGAUCUAUUCAGGAGGUUGGCUACUUUCAAAUCCAUGACUUGGUUUGCUAAGCCACAGGCGGUCACUGCAGUCAAUUGUGCAAGGAGGGGCUGGAUCAAUGUAGAUGUGGAUACACUUUCCUGUGAAUCAUGUGGGGCGCGACUUCUUUUCUCCACCCCUUCGUCUUGGUCACAGCAGCAAGUUGAAAAGGCGGCUUUGGUAUUUAGUUUGAAGCUAGAUACUGGGCACAAGUUACUUUGCCCAUGGGUGGACAAUAUCUGUGAUGAAAAACUUGCAAGUUUUCCUCCGAAGCCAACGUCAGUUUUAGUUGAGGACUAUAGAAAAAGGUGUUCUGUUCUAUUGCAUCUUACAGCUCUCCCCCGGAUUUCAGCAUCAGCCAUUGAUAACAUGGCCAGCCCAGAACUGUGGCAAUUUCUUGGAGGAGAUACAGGUGUGGGCAAGAACAAGUCUGCUGAUGAUUCAUACUAUCAGGCACAAAAACUUAUUAGCUUAUGUGGCUGGGAACCACACUCAUUGCCGUAUAUUGUUGAUUGCGAUAUUGGGAAAAAAGAUUCCUCUAAAAUCGACAAUUUAGCUCAUCAAUCUCAUCUAGCAUCUGAUGGACUCAAUCUCAGCGUUGUCUCUUGUCCAUCUAGUCAGAAUAUUGAGGAUCAUCAAGAUUCCCCGGCCUCCGGGGGAGCCCUCUUUGAACCUAAUUCUGUAGCCUUAAAGUGCAGGCUUUGUGGAGCUAGUGUUGGCUUAUGGGCCUUUUCUUCAGUUCAACGGCCUUUGGAGUUUUUGAGGUUAGUUGGAUAUACAGAAGUUGAUGGCAGUGGUGCUGCCUCCACAUCUUUUAGUCAACAAACUUCGAAUUUGAGUUUAACUAUUGCUGGUGGUCUUCCACCUGCAAAGCAAAACUAUAAAGCAACUAUUUCCUUACCUGUGGUUGGGCGAAUUUUAAGGGCUCAAAUUUCAAGCAAUUUUCAAGCAAUGGAAAAAGUAGUCGGGGAAGAUCAGGGAGCUCGUAUAAUUGGUGAAGUAGAGGCCAAUAGGGUCCAUCGACCUGAAGAUGCUCAGGUUGUAGAUGGAGUUUUGACAAGUGACCGUGAACUCGUGGGGAAUGUGGAAAGUAGCCAUAGAGAUAAUGCUUUAGUAUUGUACCAUAAUAGGUCACAAGUAGGUGAAUCUUCUGGGACAGAUGCAGAAGAUAAUGCAAUGACUGGGAAUGUAGGAGCCGGUAAAAAUGAUACUGGAAUGGUUCCUGAAGCUGCUAUUUGCAAAGGUAGUGAUUCGCAAGGUGAUUUGCAGUCCGGAUCAUCUGCGGCGGAUGGAAAUUUCAGCCGCAUCAAUACAUUGGCAAAGAUUCCAGAACAAGCAUCAGCUCCUAAGUCAACUGAGUUCAAUCCAAUCCAGCAGCACAGGCUCUUUUGCCCCUGGAUUGCAUCUAGUGGUAACUCUUCUCCAGGAUGGAAGCAGACACUAGGUGCUUUACUACAGCAAAAAGAGUUUUCUGAUAUAAAUCUCUCGCCUGAAAAGGCUCCUUCUACCUUCAUGGAGGUUGAUGAUCCAAUUGCUUCAAUUAGAAAGCUAUUCAGUUCUCCACCUGCAAAAAGAAUGAAGCAAGCUAAUAAUGCAUAGACACCAAAGCUACUCUUUGCCCAAGGGCAGUGGGAUCAACAUCAUAUCCAUCCUGAUUCCUGAAGCAAGCUAAUAAUGCAAAGAUGGCAACCUAUGAAAGAGUGGGCCCGUCAUCCUACUAGCUGUUGCCCAUAGAAAUGUUGUACUAUGGUUUAUGAUGUGUCCCCACUGGCAUCAACUAAGGAGGGCCUUCCUUAUUUUUAUGAAAUUUGAAAUUUGCAAGAAUGACAAGAUGCCUCCACUGCUGCACUACUAACCCUUUAAAGAAACUUGUUUACUACUUACUGUUGAUGAUUGUUUUGGUAACAAUGAGAAAUAUUUUCUGUUACUAAGUUAGUACUAUUUCGGGAGAGAUUACCUCAAUUACGUCAUUCUGUUGUCAAUGGAAAUCUUGCUACUACUUUUUACAUAUAAUAUAAAGAAG